AUGCAACUGACGUUCAAGCCGGCGCAUUCGCCGUCGUUGCACCGCCUCCCGGUCGGUCUGGCGAGUACAAGCGGCCGGAGGCAGUCGACCGGUCGUAAGGACAUUGUGGCCAGAGAUGCCAUCCGUCAGGGCGCAGGCGGUGUUGCAACGCAAGGAGCAGGGCAGUUGCCUGGCCGUCUGAGUCUGGUCAGACACGCCGGCCGGCCUUGCUGGCCCGGCUUGUCGGUCGACAGUCGAGACGGGGAUACUGGCGUUGGCGGCUGCCUUGAGCCUUGUCGGUACCUCCGUGACGGUGGCGAUGCCAGACAUCGAGGACAGAGGAGCGAAGGCGGUUGCUCUGAGUUGGCCAGAUGCAGACAUGGCGGUAGAAGGAGUGGUCGGCGAGGUGCCAUCCAAUUGUAA